AAGUUUUCUUAUUUUCAUUUGUAUUGUAAACCUCGUCCCUAAAACAAGACAUAAUGGCGUUGGGGAAUCUUCCAUGGGAGUUAGUGGAAGAGAUCCUCUCUCGGGUACCACCAAAAAGUCUUGUUAGAUUUAGAGUUGUUUGCAAACAGUGGAAUGAUCUUUUCCAUGAUAAAAGUUUUAUCAAGACCCAAUUGGAUCAUGCAUGUCCACAAUUCGUCUUAUUUGACCAAAACAAGAUAUUUUUAAUAGAUGCCAAUCUUGAUGAUCUAGCAAUACAGAUGCAUCAGAUUUCUGUAGAUAUUCCAUGUGUGUUAGCUAUGAGUCCUUUCAGCACCACUUAUUGCGAUGGGUUGUUGAUUUGUGAUCUUCAUUGUAACGGGACCGCCGUUUGGAACCCGCUGUUGAGACGCGGUCGACAAAUUAUGACCAAAAAUAUUCGAUUCAAGUUAUGUGGGAUAGGAUACGAUAGUAAUAGAUCCGAAAUAAGUUACAAGUUAUUUGGGUAUCAUUAUUAUUACGAACACGAUUGUAAACUUGAAAUAUAUGAGUGUGCAUCUAAUACGUGGAAGUAUAUCAAUGCCCCUUACGAAGAAUGGCCAAUAAAAGAACCGUUAGAUAAUCAUAUAUCACUUGGUGGAAAUUCGUAUUGGACUGCUUAUAACAUCGAGACUAGCGAGUAUCUCAUCCGAAAAUUUGAUUUUUCAAAGGAGAUAUUAAAGAACUUUUGUAUUCUACCGUGUAAGAAGAACCAUGAGGGAGAUACUCAUUACCUCUCGGUUUUUAGAGGAAACCGGUUUUCAAUGUUAGAACAAUGCUAUGGAACAAAAGAGAUUGAGAUUUGGGUUACAACAAAGAAAAUCCAAAAUGGGGAUGAGGAGAAUGUGGUAUGGGUUAGGUUCAUGAAUGUCUCAAUACCUGAAAUACCUAGGUUAUUUCACCAGAGUUUCGGACGUUGCCCAAGUUACUUUGUUGAUUAUAUGUACGGAAAGAGCUUUGUCUUGUGUUGUACAGACGAAAAUAGACAGGGUUCUAUUUAUAUUUUGAGGGGAGGUUUUUCAAGGAAGAUUAAAAUAGAUUCUAUGGGUGUUGAUUUUAAUCACUUUAUUUAUGUUCCAAGUUUCACCCCCAUUCCAUGAGAAAGUUCAGAUUAAGAUAACAAGAAUCAAAAGCUUGCAUGUAGAGUAG